AGUGACACUGCGUAUGAGACAGUGGAGCCUCCCCCCAGCUUGACUGCGUCUUGGCGAAGUAAACAUGACGAUGUUGACAAUUAGUAGGGUUUUAAUGGAGCGGUCGUAAAACCACAGCUUACGAUACAACGCCGAAGUUGAACAGUGUAUGUGACAAUCCGGGAAAGUGUCUGACACGGGGGCAAACCACAGUUUUAACGGCUGGAGAGAACAUCCGGUGCAAAAAUGCCUCUGCUGUUUCUGGAGAGGUUCCCUUGGCCUAGUCUGCAGACAUACACGGCUUUGACUGUAGUUCUACUUGCGGCGAGCAUCUUCAGUGCCUACACCACUGUGACCGAUCCUGGUUUUGGGUCAUUGGAAGCAGAUGAGACCCCGACGGGCACAGAUGUUGAUCUAGAGCACUUGAAUAAUGAAAUGAGUAACACAGAACUGGCAACCACUGUUAUGUGGUAUCUGGUGACUGACAGCCUCCUUGUAUGGGUGCUUGUCAACACAUUCUGCUGCUCUUUAAUGUUAAUAGCAAAAAUUAUUCAAUAUGUGGUGUUUGGCCCUCUCAGAGUCAGUGAGAAGCAACACCUAAAAGACAAGUUCUGGAACUUCAUAUUCUACAAGUUUAUAUUCAUCUUUGGCGUGCUGAAUGUACAGACUGUGGAGGAGGUGGUGAUGUGGUGUCUGUGGUUCUCGGCCCUUGUCUUUCUUCACCUAAUGGUGCAGCUCUGUAAGGACCGAUUUGAAUAUCUGUCAUUCUCGCCCUCCACUCCCAUGAACAGCCAUGUGCGAGUCAUGUGUCUGCUGGUUUCUCUCCUGCUGGACUGCUGUGGUCUAGCCGUGGUCUGUGGCCUACUUGGGGCAUCCCAUGGAAUGCACACCCUAUCUUUUAUGGCUGCAGAGUGUCUGAUGGUGACUGUUCGCACAGGACAUGUCAUCAUGCGGUAUUCCAUCCACCUCUGGGACCUAAGUCAUCCAGGAACAUGGGAGAGUAAAGGAACCUACGUGUACUACACAGACUUAAUCAUGGAGUUGGCCAUGCUUUUUCUAGAUCUCAUGCAUCACAUCCAUAUGCUGCUUUUCGGCAACAUCUGGCUGUCCAUGGCAAGUCUGGUCAUCUUCAUGCAACUGCGAUAUCUCUUCCACGAGGUGCAGCGUCGCCUUCGCAGACACAAAAACUACCUUCGCGUUAUCAAUAACAUGGAGGCUAGAUUCGCGGUUGCCACAGCAGAGGAGCUGGCAGUGAAUGACGAUGAUUGUGCAAUUUGCUGGGAUGCCAUGGUGACAGCACGCAAACUUCCCUGUGGUCAUCUCUUCCACAACUCUUGUUUGCGCUCUUGGCUUGAACAGGACACCUCGUGUCCCACUUGCCGCACGUCCCUCAACAUCAAUGGGGAAGACGAGCAGGAAAGAGGCCAGGAACAGGGCGCCCGCAUGGAGGACAACGCUGGUCCUGCUGGACCCGCUGCAGAUCCGAGGCCUCACAUCAAUCAACGCAAUCACUUCUUCCACUUCGAUGGCUCGCGUAUUGCCAGCUGGCUGCCCAGUUUCUCGGUCGAAGUGAUGCACACCACCAACAUUUUAGGGAUUGCUCAGGCUAACAACUCUCAGUUGAUGGCCAUGGCUCAUCAGAUCCAGGAGAUGUUCCCUCAGGUGCCCUCAUACCUGGUCAUGCAAGACCUUCAGCUGACCCGUUCUGUAGAGGUCACCACUGACAACAUCCUGGAGGGACGCAUCCAGGUGCCUUUCCCUCCACCUGCACAGGCAGUUGAGCGUGGGACGUUGCAUGUCAGUCCUGUCCUCGAUGAGCAGCCAGGGCCUAGCGGAGCCACUGGCGAGGGCCCCAGAGAGCCCGACAACAUUGAAGCUAGAGGCGGUCGCUUUUCUAAAUCAGCUGAGGAGAGGCAGACAAUGUUGAAGCAGCGGAAAGAGGAGCUUAUCCAACAAGCACGCAGGAGAUAUCUAAACAAGAGUCCAGAGGAGCUGGACAGUGAUGUUCCCAGUCUGGAGGACGAGGAGGACUCUUUCUCAGUUGGAGAAUCUGUAACACUGAGGCCUCGAUCUGUGACAACAACCACAGGAAGACACACACAACCGAAUCCCGAGCCCUGAAAACCCAGCUUCAGACAUCGUCACCUGCUAAGGCAUGACAGUGUUUUUAACUCCUCCCCCUCAUGAUGUUCAAUACAGUCAGCAGCCAUCGUAACAUUUUCAGAGCAAAAUUAUUAAAGAGCAUUGCGCACAUGGCCUUCUGAGUGGAAUAUUAAGGCCGGACUAUCGAGACUGGCCCCGGAGUCUCCAAUUGCUGUUAAACUACUCUGAGCAUUUUGUAUUACAAUGCUCUUUUUGUGUAAGUACCACUCAUUGUAAACAGGGAGGAAGCUACCAUGUAGUUGGGCUGCUAGCUGAGAAUACAUAAGCGCAUGCGUUGCAUUCAGAGUAGGGAUGCACCGAAAUGAUCAUUCUUGGCCAAUCACCUAAAAUGACGAAGAACGUGUUGGACUCUGCCAAGGGUGCCCUUUCUAAUUGUGGUUGCCUCGUGGGCCCAGUUGGUGAAUAUUGGGCUUGCCAUCAAACUCCACCCAGUUUAGUGGGCUGUCGUUGCAGGGUCAAUCAGGGUUGCAUCAAGGUGCAACAUAAGCGUUAAUGCAGAAAUAACUGGUAGUAAACUUUAGCCAGUUGUGCCCCCCUACUCACGUGCACAUUUCUUUGAAGUCUAUCUUGAACUCUGCCUGAGGCCCUGCCUUAGAGCCCCUUAUUUCUCUCUGCUUAGGCCAUCUACAGUGCUUGUUUGUCAUAAUCCUUUUUGAUGACUAAAGUCUUUAGCUUUUAUAUCAUUUUCAGCCUAAAAUUUUCAGCGACCUAAUUUUCAGUGCAUCCCUAAUUACUGAUAAAUAUACGCUUUUGAAAAGCUGUUAGGGGUCAAUCUUAUAUUCUAUUUUUGGAAAACAAACAAAACAUCUGAUGUUUUUAUUUUAUGGCUUUCAACUGUGAAUUGCAGUAAAUGUAGGCAGAAUUAUUUUUAGUUCUCUUAACCUUGUGUUAGAGAACGUCACUUUGUUUUUCAUUCAGACAUGAAUGUUUUUAAUGCUGCAGACAGUUAUUGAAAUGUCAGCUGUGUAUCAUUUCUGUCCGUUGUCGUUUAACCAGCAAGGGGAGUAUAGGUGUGUCAUUUUAUUUGCUUUCUAAUAUUUUUUCAUGGAAGCAGUAAAGGGGAAGUAUUACAUUUUGUAAUGUGCGAAUGGUUUCCUCCUUUAAACUGUUUUGAAUACGAAAUUGCUUUCCAACGAGUAUUUGGCAUCUCAUGUCCGUUUCAGUCAUUUUCAAAUGUGAAAAGGGUUUAUGGAAAUGUUUUGCCUUUGUCUACACAAAUGGGGAAGAAAACACCAGCAAGUAAGAUAAUCACAAAGGUUGAUACUGUUGAGACUGUUUUGUCAUUUUCAUUUAGCAGCGUCUUCAAGAUGGAUGCAUUAUCCAUGCGAGAGGGUGAAAUACUUUGGGGAUUUUCACAAGUUGCUUUGAGGAUUCCCCUGUUUUUGGAAUUGCACGGCAGGGUGGAUCAAAUGCUUUCAAUGGUUAGUGAUGGCCCAUGGGCUACAGGUUGUCCACCCAGGUUCCAAAUGCCGAGAUAGAGUGUUAAAUAGUCAUUACACGGGAAGUGGUUGGUGUGUGUUUUGGAUUGGUGAAAACGAAGCAUUUUGUUUUCUUUUUAGUUAUUCUGAACCUAAUUUCUGACAAUUAUGUGAAAUGAUAGAGAAUUUUCUUUUGGACUGAACGUUACCGGUGUAUAUGUGCCUACAAAUAAAGAAGGUUCCCUCAUGG